CUUUGGAGCAGUGGAAAACACACACAGGGCAGCAGAUGACCCGGCGCAGCGGCCAGGAGCGCACAGUCCUCCACUACUCCUCCACCACCAGACCUCUAACUGAUGAAAGGAUGGGGGUCAACAACAACAGAUAAACCCACCAGAACCGGAUCAGGGUCCCGAGGGGGGGGGAGAAGAACCGAAUUCCGAUCACUUUGGCUCACUUUUUCUUGGAUUUAUCCCGGGUUUACUCCAACAUGCCGUUCGCAGAACGGGUCGUGGAGCCUCAGCUGCUGUGCAGGUAUCCAAUCCCGAACGAGGAGGGUCUGCUGUACGAGGACCUGGUCUCCGUUAGUAAUGUGGCUCUAUCCCGGACCCUGCGCCAGCUAUCGGACCUGGCCCGGCACGCAUGCUCUAUUUUCCAGGAGCUGGAGGACGAGCUCACGACCACCAACCAGCGGGUCCGGGGGCUGCAGGGCAAGAUCAGCGGGCUGCAGCAGACCUGCUCCGACCUGGACCCCAAACAGGAGGCAGUCCCCGUAUCUAACCUGGAUGUGGAGAGUAAGCUGACAGCACAUUAUCAGGCUCCUUGGCACCAGCAGAGGAAUGUUUUCAACUUCUCCACCCGGCCAGUAUGUGUGGAAGAGCUCCACAGGCAGGCCAACUUCAGCCCGUGGGCCCUGCACAGAGAUCCUCGGAGGAGAUCAUCAGGCAGCAGGGAGCGGAGAGUCACCAUCUCCAUCUCAGCGUUGCCCCCGAUGCCCAUGAGCCCCUCCCCCCACGUCGUCCAGAGGCAAGAGAAGAGGGGCAUCAAUCUGACGACGUUUGAAUCCACCCGCUCCUCCUCCCCCACCGAAUGUUGCCGCUUCUCUCCCUGGAGCAGAAAGGCUGCGCCCCCUGACCCCGACACUGACGGGGUGGCUCUAGGUCACCGGUCUAAGUUCCCCAUCCCUAACAUCCCCUCCACCCUGGACAAGCAGACUAACUGGUCUAAAGCGCUGCCACUGCCCACCCCCGAGGAGAGAAUGAAAAGCAGCUCACAAGUCAUCAACUCAUGCGUCAUCCCCAUUAAUGUGACCGGAGUUGGCUUUGACAGAGACGCUAGUGUGCGCUGCUCACUCGUCCACUCGCAGUCGGUGCUGCAGAGGAGAAGGAAGCUGAGGAGACGGAGGACGGUCGCUGGAGUUCCCAGACAGGUGCAGCAAGACUUAGACUCUGAUGACUCUCCUGGUUCCAGAGAGCGCACGGUGAUUGUCCACACAAGUGCCGACAUCACUCCCUCCAACGAGGAGCUGUCCAGUCAUCUCAGCACCAGAGACUCCGGCUGUCAGACCGAAGACUUCCUGAUCUCUGGAGCGCCGUCUCGCAGGAGGAUCAGGGCCCAGCGAGGACAGGGAGUGUCUCUGUCCCUGUCUCACUCUGCAGGAAACAUCUCCUGCCUGCCCGACAGCACCGACGCCAUGUUCACCACCUCUCUGGGCGCCCACCUGCGCUCCAGGAGUCUACCGAGAGACGGGAACAGAGUUAUAAACAACGGGCAUCGAGACACUGAUGAUGAUGAGGAGCUCUCUCCGUUUGACGCUGAGGACUUCCUGCCGGGAUGCAGCGAGCUGAUUCUCAAAGAUGAAGAGGAGAGUACGGACGACCAGGCCGUGUCUGAACACACGUUGGGUCUGAAGUACAAGCAGCUGUCGGAGAGUCCGGAGCGCAGCUGGAUGGAGAGGACCCGGUCCCAGUUGCCCAGGAAGGCCGACAUGGGCAGCUGCGAGAUCUCCUCCAGCUCGGACACCUUCAGCAGCCCCGUUCACUCCGUGUCCGCCGCCGGGGUGAUGCUGGGAGGACCGAUGGACCACAAGGACGACCACCAGUCCUCAAGCGGGAACUGGAGUGGCAGCAGCUCCACCUGCCCGUCACAGACCUCAGAGACGAUCCCCCCCGCUGCCUCCCCGCCUUUAACAGGCUCCUCCCACUGUGACUCCGAGCUCUCACUUAACACCGCCAUCCACGGCCACGACGACCACACCGGCUUCAUGCUGGACCACCACUACCCGGGUCUGCGGACUCACCGGGUCGGCUCCUUCUCCUCAACAGCUAUGGACAUCUUAGAGGAAGCAGGGGGGAGCGCCACGCCCGUCGAGGGGGAGUGGAGUUACUCGGAGGCACCGCACCCGCCGGGCUUCAGCCCCGAGCCGAGCAGGGAGGCGGAGAGCAGCCUGGGAUGUCCGAGCUACACCAGCAUGGCCACCUGCGAGAGCAGCUUCUCGGACAAGCCGCCAUCGGAGAAGGCGGACACCGUGUCGCACUACUCGGUCGACACCGAGGGCUACUUUACCUCCAUGCACUUUGACUGCGGCCUGAAAGGCAGCAGAAGCUUCACGUACAACUAUGCAGCCCCCGCCUCCGACUGCAGCCUGUCGGACAUGACUCUGAGCAGACGCUGCCUCUCUCUGCGCAGACCGAAGGUGAAGCCGUGUCCGCCCAAGAGGAGCUCGUCCUUGAGGAAAAUAUGCAGUGAGGGGAACAUCCCCGUCAAGAAAGAACCAAAGAUUUCAUGCGGGCAGCAGCCUCCUCCGUCGUCGAGGGAGAGGAACCUGCAGCUGCUUCUGUCUGGCUCUCCUGGUCGUCUAGGAAACUCGUCCCUUGUCAGAGAGCCGCUCGUGAUCUGGGGGGUCGAGGACUCGUCGGAUCUUCCAGACUUAGGCGUGUUCAGCUCCACAGAUGCACAUUCCUUCAAAGAUGAAGGGGUGGUGCAGUCGGACUAUGCAGAUCUGUGGCUUCUGAAUGAUUUGAAAUCCAGCGAUCCGUACAGAUCUUUAUCUAACUCCAGCACGGCGACGGGCACGACCGUCAUCGAGUGCAUCAAGUCGCAGGAGAGCUCCGGGUCUCAGACGUCCCAGUCCGGUUCGCGGGCCACCACCCCGUCACUCCCGUCGGCGGAGGGCGACUUCAAGCUGACGUCUCCGGAGAAGCUGGCGGGCCUGGCCAGCCCGUCCAGCGGGUACUCGAGUCAGUCGGAGACCCCGACCUCCUCGUUCCCCUCCGCUUUCUUCCCCGGGCCGCUCUCGCCGUCCAGCGGGAAGAGGAAGCCCAAAGUCCCCGAGAGGAAGUCGUCUCUGUCCACCCUGUCGCUGCAGUCGAAGGCCUCCAAAAGAGACCUGGAGCUCCCCGUAAUCCCCCCCUCCCACCUCGAUUUAAGUGCCCUUCAAAGUGUAGGAAACCAUCAGGUUCAAAUCCUUCACCAACACAAACAAAGAGCUGACAAACCUGCGGCACCGCAGAUCUCUGAGGUGUACAACACUCUCUCUAUGUCCAUCACACCCUCAGUGCUGAACUCAGUGCAGCUCCGAUCCAUCAACAGGGAGCAUGAAGGAGGACUCGAGGACAAAACCAGACUCAAAUGUCCUACCCUUAACUCACUUUCAUGUAGCAAACCCGCAGAGCCCAAGAGUCCUCUGCUAAACCAUCUCCAUCACACACCAUCCAAGGGCUCAUGGGAAUCUGUGUUUACCUCAAAUGAAGAGCUCGUAAAUGGAGCAGCAGGCUGUCAGAGCGAGACGAGGAAGGACAGCGAGGCUCCAUUAGAAAGUCAGACAGCACUCGAGCCCCCGGCUGACGAGAGGACCAGCGCUCAUGAAGGAGAGACGAGCAGAGAGCCUGAAGAAAUGCUACUUAACAUGUUGCAAAGGACUGAAGAAGAAGAAGAAGAAGAAGAAGAAGAAGAAGAAGAAGAACAAGAAGAACAAGAAGAAGAAGAAGAAGUGUGUCAGAUAAACCCAGGUCUUGCUCUUCCUGUGCAUCACAGUUUAAAUAACAGUCUGGAUAAAGUGCCUGAGAUUGACGGCCAAUCAGAGACACCGCAGGAGAGCUCGAUCAUUGAUGACAGCAUCAGCACGGAGCUGGAUUUUGAGUCCUCGGGUGUUUCAGCAGACGGUGUCUCACAGGACGAGAGGGAGGAGUCUGCUGCAGAGCCAGAUGAACACAGUAAAGACUCUUCACUCAGUGAUAACGCGGCGUCUCCUCCGAGCGAUGAGUCCAGACCAGAGGACGACAGCGUGUUUCUGUCACCCACCAAAACCAGGACCACAGAGGAUCUGUUUGCUAUGAUUCACAGGUCCAAAAGGAAAGUGUUGGGCAGAAAGGACUCCAGUGAGUUAGGAGUGCGAAGUCGUCUCUGUGCAGCAUCAGGGACGACACCGGCCAGCAGCACAGUGAGCUCCCCGGUCUCCUUACAGUCCCCCUCUGUCGCUCUGACCCCCCCAGGCUCGCAGAGAGCCACCGGCUCCAUCUACAGGAACGUGAAGAAGUCCAGCACCUCCAACGAGGAGUUCAAACUGCUGCUGCUCAAGAAGGGCAGCCGCUCUGACUCAAGUUACCGCAUGUCAGCUACAGAGAUCCUAAGAAGCCCCAUCACUCCCAAAGGUCCUGCAGAUUCCCCCGCAGAGUCACAAAGACAGACUGAAGACCCCACCUCCCCCCUUCAACAACAACAGCAGCAUCCAUCAGGAUCUGAUCAGGUCUGCAGCCCGUACCCCAAAGCCAACGCUGAGAGCUACUCCCCGAAGUCGUUCCUCUCAUCUGCAGCUUCCAGGCAGGGUCGCUCCCGGAUCCCCCCGCCCGCCAACAGCAGCCGCUACGGCAUGAGAGGCCGAGUGUUCUCAGCGCCCAUGCAGGCGAUCUCCGAGGGCGAGACAGAGAACUCAGAUGGAAGUCCUCACGACGACCGCUCAUCACAGGGCUCUACGUAGAAAACAAGAGAGAAGCAGCAGUAUGAAAAGGUUUUAAUAGUGCAGAUAAAACAAAUGGACCAUUUUUAAUAUAUAUGAGAUUUGUGUAUCGGGACAGAAAUAGAUUUUAAGUAUUUGGAGUCAUAGGAGUAUUUUGAAAAGAAUAAAUCUGUAAAAUAAUAUAUAUAGUAAAUAAAUAAAUAAUAAUUUUAUACUGAAAGAUAAACUGGGAUAAUUUUAAUGAUUUCCAUUAUUUCUGAAUUGAAUUUUCAUAAAUAUUUUUUACAAAUAUGUAUUUUUUGAUGCAUCUAGUAGUUGACAUCAGAGGUUAGGAGCGCUGCGUGGGUCCUCAUUCAAGCCGAACAAAAAACAGAUGCUCUUUGGGGAGGGUGGAAUAAUACGAUGAAAAAAUAGGCUCGAUGUGUUCGCCUACUUUACUCUUCUCAGAGGAUUCAUCAUCAGACUCAGGAGUCCAUUAGAAAACAUAUAAAAAGCAAGCAAAAUAAAAACACAGGGUAAAAAGAGAGACAGACAAAACAUCACCAAUAUUAUAAAAGACAACCGUACCAGUGUGGCCACAAGGCUGACUGGUAUCACACAGAACUAUGACUGGAAUGUUUUUUCACUCAAGUGAUAAACACAUCAAGCUUAUUUCUUUCAGCAUAUCGUACUAAAUUGGGUUGUUAAAAUAGUUUUUCAUAUUGUUUUUAUUUUAGUUCCCUAACCUUUUCUUUAAAGUCUAGAGUCUACAUUUUUCCCGAUUGUUUUGCUUGUCAUUGAAUAGCACUGUCGUAAAUCAACUGGCUCUGAGUAGAUCUCUGCUCGAGGAGGUUUUUUAUCCACACAAUUUAUGAAAUGGAAUUAUAAAUUAUAGAAGUUUUAAAUAUUAAAAUAUAUAGAAAAAAAACUAUAUAAACAUGAAAUAAGUAAAUAUAUAUAUAUGUUUUACAAAUAUCUGAGACAAAUAUCAGCUGAAAUAAAUGAAGACAUAAAUGUGAAAAUGAAUGAAAACACCAACGAUAACUUCAUAUUUUAGGAUUUGUCUUUAUUUCCUGUUUAUUUUACAGUUUUAUUCUUAUUAGAGUGCUCCUGGUACUCCAUACAGAGGUAGUUAUUGUAGCUGACUUUUUCUAACUUUGAAUUUUUUGUGGAUACUAAGAAUGUUUUUUACCUGUGUUCAAACGAGUUUUAUACACACAAAUAUGUUCCAUCACUUUUAUACGGCAUGUCGACUUAGCAUUGAAAAAAACAGGGAACAAAGUUAUGUAGCUCACAUCCUGUGUCAGAAUAUCCCAGAUGAGUUGAAGUGAUAGAAACAAACCGGUUUACAUGGAUCUGAAGAGGUCUUGUUUAAACCCUCAAAAUCUUUUAAAUGUCAAAUCCUAAACGGUCUAAUGUCCGAUUUCUCUUCAGAUAUUUUUAAAACCUCUAUAUUUUUCAUCAGUGGCCUGUUUAAAAAAAAGGCAAACAUGUUAGAUGAUCUGUCUGUAUUCUGUGAAUACCUAUGCAACAAGACAAUAUUUACAUUUCUUAAAGCCAGAUUAUAAUGAGAACUCCCAUCAGGACUCACACGGUGUGAGAAACUAAUGUGUAGACUUUUGUAUAUUUUACCUGGUCCUUUCUAAAAGCAUAUUAUAAUCACAGAUUAUUACAACAUGUUUACAAAUUCUCAUGCAAUAAAGACAAAUAAUUAGAGGUGAAAUAACUAACUUGACAAUCUUGGGAGAAGAAAGGCGAGGAGGUGUUUAACAGGGGAGAUGAAAAAAGUGUUUGUUUUUUUUAAAGUUGGAGGUUGUGAAAAAGGGGAGAUGUAAAAGAACAAGGAGGUCAUGUGUUUUUUAAAAGACUUGAUAAUUAGAGCCCGACUGAUGUUUCAGCUAAUAUGUGACUUUCACAGGUAUAUUGGUAUAUGGGUUUAUUAAUAGGUUCAAUUUAAGAAGAAAACAAGGAGCUGAUUUGGAAAAAAGUGUCAUUGUGUAGUUUGUCCAGCAGAGGGUGCUAAGACUCCAUGGUUUACGAUCCUUGUUGCAUUGUCUGCAGAACAGGCAGCAAAGCAGCCGAACAGUAAAUAGCAUGAUCAGAUUGAUGUGAAAUCAGAGGGCAGUGAACACCAGUGGGUAGUGAACACCUGUAAGGUCUUUUUUCAUGUAAGCUCAUAAGUUGAUGAUAUUUACAGUAAUCUGUGAAGUCACCGCCUCUGAAAUCAGUGUCGACCUAAGGAAAUCCACUAUGGGUCGGGCUCUAGUUAUAUCUGUCAUUUCUGGUUUGCUGACUUUGGUGUGUUUAUGAAUUGUUGAAAAAAGGCAACAGGAAAGUGUUCUGGGGAUUUUAUAUGCCUUAUGUUUACUCUGCGCAAAAAAAAAAGGAUAAGUGACGAUAAGUGAAGAAGCAGCCGCGGCAAAAAGUUUGGUGUUUUGUGAGAUUUUUCUAAUUUGUUCGAGUUGUAGGAAUACAUUUAGAGGCAGGUGAUGAAAAUUAGAAAUUCUGGGUUUUAAGGAUGUAACAUUUGGGCUUUUUCUUUUGUACCGAAGGCUCAACUUUUCUGCUCCCCUUCACAAAGGAAAAGAAAACUGCCACGGUUUAUGUUUUCUUUGUUACACAAUCUGAAAAUCUAUUUAUUUUUAUAACUAACACAGAAGAUCUCUACGUGCUCCCUUACACCUUUUAGAUAACCUACAACUAAAACACAAGUAUGCAAUGAAUUGCUGGUAGUAUUAAUAAUAACUAUAACAUAUUUUAUUCAGAUUCUUAUUUUUGUUCAUAAGAGACAUUUUUAAAUCGCAUCCCCCCACACACACACACACACACAAAACACAAUCACACAAACACACACACACACAGUAACAGUAUACAUGUUUUUUUUUAAUUGCAGUGAUAGAAGUUAACCAUUAUGAGUCUUUGCAGCCAUAUUUUCUUGUAGGCACACUGUAGAUAUGGACCUAGUUUUGGCCUUAACGAGACUCCGUACUAUCGUCACAUAACAGGGUACUCAAUCGGUUUGUUUCUUUUGUCUGUGAACCUUCAUUCCAACCUUUUUUCUUUUCGAUUCUUUUUGUUUUUUUGCACUGAUGAAGUGAUGUUUGUGAAGUUUCACGAGUCUCUUGCUGUACCUGGAGAUAUUUAUAAACAUUUUAAACCCAAGCUGUCUGACUUUUCCCCCACACUCCGAGGAACGCUGUACGAGCCCACUAGAUGCUUCUGCCAAAGGCUAAAACAAACACAUGUGUUAGUGGCUGUUUUUUCUCUCCCCGUUUACUUGACUGACAUGUUCUUGAAAACGUCAAACCCGACACUAUAAAAGAUUUCAUGUGUGGUACGAGAUGCAUGUCACUCCGCCUCUGUGUACUGUAGGUGUCCACUUUGUAAUUUUUUUUGUACAAACUUGUAAAUACGAUAACUUUUUGUCGAAUUGUUUCUUAUGUAUAAAACAAAAAAGUUUACAUUAAUUUCAAACCUUUGUAUAUUUUUGAGCUGUGGAACACUCUGUCUUGUAUUUAUUUUUUAGUAAGCAUUGUGGAGAUCCCAUAGUAAAUCCUAUCAAAGCUAGCACAACAGGCUGCUUAGCAACUGUGUAUAAAAAGACAAAUAAAUGUGACUGCUUUGAAAAUUA